AUGUCCUACUCCGCCGCCGCCAUCCGCCGCUCCCACACGUACGCCAUGCUCGGGCAAGACUACCUCCGCGCGCAAGCAGGCCACAGAUUCCGCAUGACCCGCCACAUCUCCGGCAUGCUUGAGCUUCUCCAAGACGCGGGCAACUGCCCACAAUCAUUGCUUGAUCUGCUUAAAAACGAGAAGCGCCGAUUUAUCGCGAGGUAUCGCGAGGUGCGGGAGAGCAUAAGGACGAUCGAUGAGGUUAUGGAAAGAUGGUACCCUGAGAGGGAGGUUUAUGAAGAGGAGGAGGGGGAAGAGGGGGUGGAGGAGAAUGGGCGUGGGGGUUGGAGCCGUGGGUUUGGGGGCGGAUUUACACAGGCGAUGGGGUGGUGGACAAUUGAUUUUGUGUAUCCUGAUAAUGAUACGGAGUGA